CUAAACAUGUCUCUAAAGAUACUAAAUCUUAAUCUAUGUUUCAAAUUUCAAAAGCCUUUCUCAAGAGAAAAUAUAGAUACAAGAGUUAGAAAACUCUGACGAAUUGAAUAACGUAAAGACACACCAAUUUUGUUAGACUUAUAUAAAUUAGUAGGUAUCGAUAUGUGUUCGAUUCGAUACAUAGUAAAGGUAUCAGAAAAAUGUGUGUGAAGUUAGUCUUUCAAUGUGACGUCCCUAUUUAUAUGUCUAAAAUUGAUAUUGUGCUAUUAUCAUUAUUGAUAACAUAUUUAUUUUUAACAGAAAUUAUUUUAAUGUGAAUUUUUCAUGUGAAUCAUUUUCAUAUUGAUUAUUUUUAAAUGGCAUCUAUGAUUAGUAUUUUAUAACUUUUUAGUGAAGCAUACAAUAUAUUUAAAUAAUUGACUAUUUUUAUCAAUGAAAGUUUGUUGCUUUCGAGUAUUUGUUAAAGAAGUACUGUGGGACUGUAUAUUUAUAGUAAAACAUAUACAGAACUAUGAUUUCUUUACAACUGUCUAUGAUGUACCGUUCAGAGUCUCAGCAGAACUGCAAUCAUUACAGUUUCCUUCAAACGAAAUUGAUCCAUUAUUAAUGAAUGGUAACUGUUUAGAACAAGUAAUCAAAAUAAUGGAACAAAGUGCAUACUUUAGAAAAUUAUUAGUAAGAAAAAUGAAUACAAUUACGUCAGUGGAUAAUAACAACAUCACAAUUAGUGUGCAAGACAUUAAUCUUGUUGAACCAAAAAAAUAUAGAUUACCAUACACAUGGUGUAAUAUUUAUGAAAAAACUGAUUUAGAGUAUAGAGAACUAGAAAAUAUAAUGGCAUGGCUGUCAACUCUUGGAGGAGCAUUUUCAUCAUUAGGCGAUCAAACUGAACAUUGUGCAAUUGUUGCAGGAAAAAUAUCAAUUCAACAACUUAAAAUAGCCUUAAGGAUUGGUGAUCCAAUAACUGUAGCUCGUUGUAAAUUGUAUCUUGCAAUCAGUUUAAUGCAACGUGGCCAAUUUAAUACUGCUAAAAGUAUUGUAAAAGAACAAUAUUUUUUUGUUAGAUCUCAAACAGUGAUAGAUGAGCGACUAAUAAAAAUGUGUUAUGGCAUUUGGUGUAAAUUACGUUAUGAAAAAAAUAAAUAUUACAGUAUUAAAUCUAAAAUUAAAAAAACUGCAUAAUUGUUUUUGUUCAUACAGGGAUAAUUGAAUUAUUAAACAGCUCAAAAUUCUAAGUAUAUUAAGAAAUUUUUUACUUUGUUUAAAAUUUUUUUCACCCAUAUAAGUUUUGUUAUUCUAUAUUAAUUACUUAUUAUUUUAAUAGGGUCAAUUAA